AUGGCUCCUUCCGCAACUGACAACAUCGCUGCUCAGCAGCCUGCCGAGUACGACGCGGCGCGUCCUUUCGUCGGCAAGGUCGCUCUGAUCACCGGCUCCGGCCGCGGUAUCGGCCGCGGCAUCGCCGUCGAGCUCGGCAAGCGCGGCGCCAACGUCGUCGUCAACUACGCUUCCUCCGCCGGCGCUGCCGAGGAGGUCGUCGCCGAGAUUCAGAAGCUCGGAUCAAAGGCCAUCGCCCUCAAGGCCGACAUCAGCAAGCCCGCUCAGGUCGUCGACCUCUUCGACCGCGCCGUCGCCCACUUCGGACGCAUGGACUUCGUCAUCUCCAACUCCGGCAAGGAGGUCUGGUGCCCCGAGGAGGAGGUCACCGAGGAGCUCUUCCAGAACAUCUUUGACCUCAACACCCGCGGCCAGUUCUUUGUCGCCCAGCAGGGCCUGAAGCACUGCGGACGCGGAGGCCGCAUCCUCCUCACUUCCUCCAUUGCUGCCCAGAUGGGUGGUAUCCCCAACCACGCCCUGUACGCCGGCUCCAAGGCCGCCGUCGAGGGCUUCACCCGCGCCUUCGCCGUCGACUGCGGUGCCAAGGGCAUCACCGUCAACGCCAUCGCCCCCGGCGGUGUCAAGACGGAUAUGUACGACGAGAACUCGUGGCACUACGUCCCCAACGGCUACAAGGGUAUGCCCAUCGAGAUCAUCGACCAGGGCCUGGCCAACAUGAACCCCCUCAAGCGCGUCGGUGUCCCUGCCGACGUUGGCAAGGUCGUCGCUUCCCUCUGCCACUCUGACUGCGAGUGGAUCAACGGUAUGUUUCGAAACUCCAUCCUCGACAAGCUGCUCAUCCUAGACAUUUUCUAA